AUGCAAGACCCCGAUUUGGGCGAUUUUAAUAGUUAUGCCAAAAGGGCCAAAGAAGAUGUAGACAAUUUCAACUCAGAGCACAAACAUCACAUGACAAAGAAUAAUCGUUUGAUCGAAGCGAUUAAAAACAGAAAUGAAUCCAAAGUGAAAGCAUUACUGAAAGAAGGCACCAGUCCUAAUACAGGAGCUACUAAUAAAACAAAAGUGAAAGGUUAUUCUGGAACACCCUGUAUUAGAGAUGAAGAUGGACUUUCUGCAUUACAUCUUGCUAUAAAAUUCGGCGACAAAGCUAUUAUUGAAUUAUUACUGAGUAAAGGCGCACAUCCGAAUAUCAAAGGUUGGAAAAAUGGCACAACUCCUAUUUUUAAUGCUGUGAUCGACAAUAGGAAUGAUUUAGUUAAAGUAUUACUCAACCAUGGGGCGAAUCCAAGUGUCAUAAAUACGAAAGAUUUUUCACCUUUAUAUUUUUCUGUUACGAGUAAUAAUGAAGAAAUGUCCAAGUUACUUUGUGAAUAUAACGCAAAUCCGGAUAUAUCGCGACAACUUCCCAUUUUAUUCACUGUUCUUAAUGGAAUAAAGAAUAAAACUGAUGAUACGACGAUGACCGAGAAUAUUUUAUUAAAAAUCAAAAAUGUGGCUGAAUUCUUACAAUCUCAGAAUGUUCCCGUUGACUACAGUUUAUUCUAUGAAUCAAUAGAUAUUGCUGAAAGGAACAAUGAGAGAAAUAUUGUAAAAAAAAUUAUGAAGUUACUCGAUGAACUUAUUCAUGUUUCAGCUCCAACAUCUUGA